UCCAACCCGCUGCGCAUGCGCGGAUCUGGGUGAAACGCCAGAUACUAACUAGCUAUUCCUCUCCAUCACACGGGCUCAAUCAACUCUGUUCUGUCACUGCUGAUAGUGGCAUCUGUGUAGCGGUUGCUUUUGAACGUUUGUUUAUAGCUGCUGCUUUUGAACGUUUGUUUGUAGCUGCCUAGCUAGCUAGUUUCAAAUUAACCUUAUUUAGCUAUGAGCUAACGUUAGCUAGGUUGCAAGUUAGCUUGAGUUGGUGCAGUGCAGAUUGGGAAGGAAGAAGCAGAUACGCGGCAGUUUAAGGCCAAACAUAAGGCAAGUUUAGUGCAUUUCGCAUUAUUUCUCAGUAACUAUCUUACCGUUAACGUUACCUGUGUGACACUGACGAGUGAUGGAGGCCCCACCAGUGUCAGUGCUGCCCAUCACGGGGGGCACAAUCAACAUGAUGGAGUACCUGCUGCAAGGCAGCGUCUUGGACCAGGCCCUCGAAAGCCUAUUGCAACGCCUCCGGGGCCUUUGUGACAACAUGGAACCCGAGACGUUCGCCGACCAUGAGCUGGUCUACCUCCUGAAGGGUCAGCAGGGCAACCCGUUCCUGCUGCGCGCCCGCCGCUCCCUCUCCCACCCAACAGUUCCCUGGCACCUGCGCUACCUGGGCCAGCCGGAGGUGGGUGACAAGUCCCGCCACGCGCUGGUUCGCAACUGUGUGGAUGUGGCCACCUCGCACAGCCUGCCCGACUUCCUCAACGAAAUGGGCUUCCGCAUGGACCACGAAUUUGUAGCCAAGGGCCACAUUUUCCGUAGAGGCGUGCUCAAAGUGGUGGUGAGUAAACUGUCACGCAUCCUGGUCCCUGGCAAUACAGAGAACACUGAGCCGCUGUCCCUCUCCUACCUGGUGGAGCUCAGUGUAUUGGCCCCCGCGGGCCAGGAUACCAUGUCGGAGGACAUGCGCAGCUUCGCUGAGCAGCUCAAGCCCCUUGUUCACCUGGAGAAGAUUGACCCCAAGAGACACAUGUAAGAAGGGGUGUGUUAAGAUGAGCCUCUGUUGGCAGUCAUGGACAAAGUGGAGUUUUUUAUUCAAAUGUAUUUUUCUUUUUACAUGGGACUUAGUUUUGUAUGAUUCCUAUAAGAAAGCUCUUUCCCACAGUCCUUUGUCUCUGUGAAACGCUAGAUCUCACAAUCUUGAUGUGUAUUUCGUACAUUUGGAGCAGGGCCACCUGUCAUUAGGAUGUUAGUAGUGUGUGAAAAGGACUUCACAGGAGGAUUGACACAGCCAACAUGGACAUUGUGACAAAUGAGGCUUUGAACGAGUCAAUAAAUAACAAUGUUUCUAUUCAGUGCUGAACUCUUAGCACAUUGGUUUUGUGUGAUGCUGAUAGUGCUUUGUUCUGUGUUGGAGAUGUUUCCAGAAAUGCACAGCUAUAGUGUUUAUUAAACAUGAUUUGUCUCAA